GACUUGAUAAUGGCAGUGAAGAUGAAGUUUUCCUUUAUCUUGCUUCUUUUAUUAGAUUUCCCUCAUCUCAACGGGCAGGAGAGGAUCAAGGAGUUUGAAGCCAUUCUGCUAAGACUCGAUUUCCCUUCAGCUUACAACAGUAACAUCAAGUUCUGCUGCAAACUCGAAAAUGAAAGGCUUUGUUACCCGUUGCUGGACAGCACAGGGUACAUCUACGAGCUGCUGAGAGGAAGAGUGACCAAAACUGAGGGGGACGGCUGGAUCGAGUUCAAAAUAUCAAACGUUAGGUUCGAGGAUGCAGGAUACUACAGAUGCUCUGUGCGGGGAAUCCAAGACCACAUUUUCAUUGACAAGUUUUUCGAGGUCACAGAAUCCUCAAUUCCCCACAGUUCGUCUCAGCCUCCCCUGACAACAACCAUCAAAACCAUCAGCAAUGCCGACAGUCCCAGAAUGCCCUGGCGUUUUGGCCUGCCCCUAUUGGCCGUUGUGUCCUUUACAGUGACGAUUGUGAUCACUUUGGUUAUGUGUGUAGUUUGCUGCAGAGUGAAGGCAAAACGUGAACAGCCAGACAAAUGUGGAGAAACUCUUUGUGAGUCACAGAAGGAAGAUGCAACGGAAAUGGCUCAUUACAAAUCCACACAGCAAAGCUGAGGAUUCCAAAACACGAGCGGCAGCCCUGGAUGCUGAGACGGUGGAGUACUCUAGUUGGCAAUCCACCAGUGAAUUCAGGGGAAAGUCUCUGAUUUUAACUUGGGGCUGAUUCUAUACACAUCACUGUUUGUCUGUUUUUUACAUAUUCCCCUGCCCCCUUCAUGAAUGGAGAAUGAGGGGUCCAACAGCACUUUUGGAGCUUGAACUGCACAAUGGACGAGAUAUCUGGAACUCUGCAGCUCAAUUUGUCUUUUUGUCUCUUUGUCUCUUUGUCACUUUGUGUAUGUACAUGUUAAACCUCUGAUCUACAUCUUUAAAUGUAUACAACAUAAGCUUUUGUGUAAAUGAUUGAAGGCCUAACAAAUGAAAUGAUAAUGGGAUUAAAUAAAUUAUCUCUCAUGAUAAUAGGGCAAAAGGUUUGUGUGGAUUCCUUGAGGUUUGAUACUUUUGAAAUCUUCAUGGUCAAAUACCAUUGUUAGCUUGUGACAUCUUAUCUCUUCUCACAACACUGUUUGGUCUCGUCAGCUUCUUCUAGAUUAUACCCCAACCUUCCGCUCUGUUAU